CCGGUCACGCUCAACUCUUUUUAAGAGUUUCUCCAGGAUGCUAAGCAACUGCAGAGGCGCACGUGUUUUAGCCAAAACUAUUUUUAAGCUGCCAUCAUCCCUGGCAGGCAAUCGAUAACGCAUGCAACCGGCUCAGCCCUGGUGCGGUUAUCGUAAGUUCUGUCAGCGCAUUUUCAUUCGAAGUUUGCGAAUUCAGAGAAGUGAAGGAACUUGAACUGCUUAGUCAUGGAUACCCCACCCAAUCCCAACAAGUUGUACGCCGAGGAUAGCCUGGAUCAGGCUACCGACAACAUCGAAGAAUCAAACGAGACCAAUCUCAAUAUGUAUAACGAGUUGGAGGAGCAAAAGGACCCGGAGAAGAAGAUUUCGUUACUUAAAAUGCGGAUGAAACAGGUGAAUGAAAAGUUCGACGAGAAUUUGGCCAAACAGGAGGCGGUACAGGCGAAACUGCGCAAAGUGCUGGAGAAGAUGAAGGAUUGUAAAGAUUUUGAAGAGGGUCAAUAAUUAAUGUACCGGAGGCGUGCUUUUGAUUUCAUUUAUAAAUACAUAUGUAAAAUAUA